GGACCAGUCGAUCAUCGUGUCCGGGGAGUCGGGCGCGGGCAAGACGGUGUCGGCCAAGUACGCGAUGCGAUACUUCGCUACAGUCGGAGGCUCGCACACGGAGACACAGAUCGAGAAGAAAGUGCUCGCGUCUAAUCCAAUCAUGGAGGCCAUCGGCAAUGCGAAGACGAUCCGGAACGACAACUCGAGCCGAUUCGGCAAGUACAUACAGAUUGACUUCAACAAGAACUGGCACAUCGUCGGCGCGCACAUGCGCACCUACCUGCUGGAGAAGUCUCGCGUCGUCUUCCAGGCAACGGAGGAGCGCAACUACCACAUCUUCUACCAGCUGUGCUCCGUCUGUGAGGAGCCAGAGUACGAGCAGCUCAAGCUGAAUCAUCAAGAUGACUUCGUUUAUACAUCUCAGGGUGAAUGUCCGACAGUCGACUCUAUAGAUGAUGUGAAACAGCUUCAGGAUCUGCGAGAGUCUCUCACGUUACUAGGCAUUCACGAAGAGAAUCAGAUGAUGAUCUUCCGAAUCCUGGCAGCGAUUCUGCACAUGGGCAACGUGAAGAUUGUGGAUGGCGAGAACGACACCAGUCUUGUCAAGAGGGGAAACCCAAAGAUCGGGAUCGUGUCGGACCUGCUAGGUGUUGAUGUGGAACUGUUAAGAGGCUGGCUGUGCAGCCGCAAGAUCGUCACCCACGGAGAGACCUACAUCAAGGGACUCAAGAAAACAGACGCCAUGUUCGCGAGAGAUGCUCUCGCGAAGCACAUCUAUGCAAAGCUCUUCGACUGGAUAGUGCUGCAGAUUAAUCGUGAGCUGAAGUGUACAGCCAAGAAACUACGAUUCACCGGUGUACUCGACAUCUAUGGGUUUGAAACCUUUGAGAUCAACAGUUUUGAGCAGUUCUGCAUAAACUAUGCAAACGAGAAACUACAACAACAGUUUAACAUGCAUGUGUUUAAGCUGGAGCAGGAGGAGUAUGUGAAGGAGAAGAUCCAGUGGUCGUUCAUUGACUUCUACGACAACCAGCCCUGUAUCGACCUCAUCGAAGCAAAGAUGGGCAUCCUGGACCUACUGGACGAGGAAUGCAGAAUGCCCAAAGGUUCGGACAAGUCGUGGUGCGAUAAGAUGUACAAGAACAUGGAGGGUAAGAGCAAGCAGUUUGCGAAGCCACGACUGUCCAACACCGCCUUCAUCGUGCUGCACUUUGCCGACAACGUCCAGUACGAGGUGUUGGGCUUCCUCGAGAAGAACCGAGAUACUGUGAUAGAGGAGCAUCUAGCUGUGCUGAGGACCAGUAAGUACGACCUGGUGAAGGAGCUGUUCACUGAAGCUGUGGUGAAGCCAUCUAAGAGCAAGGCUCCGGCAAAGCCCUCUAGUCAAAAGUCGCGCAAGAGCACUGUGGGUUCGCAGUUCCGCGAUUCGCUGAAGGCGCUCAUGGAGGUUAUGAACACGACGACGCCGCACUACGUUCGCUGCAUCAAGCCGAACGACGAGAAGGAGUCGUUCCAGUUCGACCCGAAGCGAGCGAUCCAGCAGCUGCGCGCGUGCGGCGUGCUCGAGACGAUACGCAUCAGCGCCGCCGGCUACCCGUCUAGGUGGACAUACCAAGAGUUCUUAAACCGCUAUCGGGUGCUAAUAAGGAGUAAAGAUAUUAAUAGGAAGGACAUGAGGCUUACCUGCGAGAAUCUACUACAGAACCUUAUCAAGGAUCCGGACAAGUUCCAGUUCGGCAAGACGAAGAUCUUCUUCCGCGCGGGUCAGGUCGCCUACAUGGAGAAGCUGCGCUCGGACCGGCUGCGAGCGUGCGGCAUCAUGAUACAGAAGCAUGUGCGGGGCUUUCUGCAUCGCACUCGCUACCAGAGGCUGCGCAGUGCCACGGUUACCGUGCAGAGGAUCGUGCGCGGUUUCGUCGCGCGCAGGCGUCUGCGCUUCCUCAAGCGCACCAAAGCAGCCAUCACUAUGCAGCGUUACAUUCGCGGCUUCGUACAGAGCCAGAAGCACGGCCGCUUACGCCGCCUGGCUAUCGGAUUACAGGCGCAUAUCCGCGGCAUUCACGCCAGGGGGCGCUACGUGGUGCUACUGCGCAACCACAAGGCAGUCAUACUGCAGAGGAACGUGCGUAUGUGGUUGACGAAGAAACGAUACCAGAAGGUCAGGUGUGGGCUCAUCCGUCUGCAGUGUCACGUGCGCAGACGCGCAGCCCAGGCACAGUUUAAGGCACUCAAGAUUGAGGCCAGGUCUAUAGCACACGUUAAGAAGAUGAACCUUGGUCUGGAGAAUAAGAUCAUUUCACUCCAGCAGAAGGUGGAUGAAGUGAACAAGGAGAACGGCAGGCUGAGAGUCGGGGUGGAGAGCGUGGCCGCGCUGCGGGCGCAGGUCGACGUGCUGAAGGCCAGCGAGCAGGAGUCGAAGCUCGCCUUGAACAAGAUCACGGAGCUGGAGGAGGCCGUCCGCGCCAUCAGCAAAGAGCUGGAGAACGAACGCGAGGAGAAGAAGGACCUGGGAAGCGAGAAGGACGCCGCAGAGAAAGGUUACCUAGAGGAGUUCGCACGACUACAGGCAGAGAAUGCUGAGCUGAGGGAGGAAUUGAAGGCCCUAACAAACCUGGGACAGAGCGAUAAACAUGAGGAGAGGCAGAGGACAGACGAUGAGAUGCAGAUGGCGCAGGCAGAGUUGGAUGAGGAGAGAUCGGCUCACCAGAACCUGCUGCGUAGGCACGCAGAGCUGGAGCACAGAUUUGAGCUCAUACAGCUUCAACAGAGGGCGCCACCCCGUCGUCACGUUCGCUCUUCGUCUGACAUCAGCACGGCCAGCAUAGAGACGGAGGCGUCAGAAGCCAGUACGGUGAGGAUGGACGAUGUCCAGUCCAUACGCAACGAGGACGGCAGCAUAGGCGACCAGGGCUAUGGUACGGCCACACGGAGGGUGAAGCCAGACCGGAAAUCUGCGGAAGACGAAGACGACAUGAGCAACGAGGAGGUGCAUCUGAAGCUGAUGGCGCAGGUGAAGGACCUGGCAGCUGAAAGGGAGCGGUUACAGGACCAGGUGGACACGCUCACGGCGAGAAUGUCCGGGAAGGAGAAUGGACCCGACAUCAGGGUCACCGCGGGGUCACCCGACGAUCAGCGGAAGCAGGAGGUUGACAUGACUGCAGCUGAGUCGCUGAAGAUCAAUGAUCUCGAAAUUGAGAAUUCCAAACUGAAGGAGAAUAUAAGGAAGCUGAGAGAAUCUGUAGCGGAUACAUCCGGUUCCGAUUCAGACAAGGUCAUGAUCGAUCAGUUUGCGGCGAUGGAGGCGGAGCUGGAGCGGCGACGCGACGAGGUGAUCCAGCUGAAGAGCAUCCUGGCGAUGCGUCAGCAGGGCAUGUCGGCAGUGCUGCGCGAGCAGUAUGGCGGCGCAGACUCGGACAUGCUCAACGAGGACGGAGAGUUGGAGAUCGCCUACAGGACGAUGAAGGACACGAACAGGUUGCUGGAAAGUCAGCUGCAAAAUGAGAAGCACAACCACUCGAAGAUGGAGAACGAGUACAAGCAGGAGAUGCAGAAGCUCAAGAAGGAUAACGAGCGGCAGCAGAAGAUCAUCGCCCUGCACCUCAAGAUGACACCAGGAGAACUGCAGUCAAACCAGAUCCAGCAUGAAAUGCAACGCCUCACCGAAGAGAACCUGAAUCUGAAUGAAACAUUAGAGCUUCAGCAGGACCAGAUUCAGAAGAUGAAGAAGCAACUGAAGUUGUAUGCGAAGAGGUUGAAAGCUGAAGGAUCGGAGACGAACCUCGAUGAGAUCCUGCAGCAGGACGUACAGACAGGUUCUCCGGAUGCCAACAUGCCCGUCGUCAAGCACAAGGAGGUCGAGUACAUGGGCAUGUUCGAGUACCGGGCGGACGACGAACUGCAUCUCAUGAAGAGUCUCAUCUAUGAUCUGAGACCACAGGUAGCUUCGGGUCUGCUGCCGGGCCUGCCCGCCUACAUCAUAUUCAUGUGCAUUCGACACACAGACUACGUCAACAACGACGAGAAAGUGCGGUCCCUACUCACAUACACCAUCAAUGGCAUCAAACGGCUGUUCAAGAAAAAGCGAGAUGACCUUGAAUACGCGACAUUGUGGUUGGCCAACACGUGUAGGCUGCUUCACAAUCUGAAGCAGUAUAGUGGAGAAAAGGUAAAUUAUUCGUUAUUGAUUGUGUACAUAACUGACCGACCUCGGUUAUCCUCGGGCAUGCUGAGCACCAGCAAUAACGGAAAGGUGGAACUGCGCCAUCAUAGCUUCGCCAUUUCGCUGCACGUUGAUAACAUCCCAGAGUUUAGCUUUCCAGCGGUUACAUUUACACUGUCAAAGUUGCGCAAGCUCUGCUCGUUCUGCCGCGGAGUGUUCGAGUGCUGGAAUUGCUGCAAGACAACAAGCGUCUCCGCCCUCAGUGAACAACGACAACAGUCUCAGCCCUCAGUGAACAACGACAACAGUCUCAGCCCUCAGUUCGCCUCCCCCAUUUUGCCGGGUGUGUUGGAGCAUGAAGCCAUUAAGGGCAUGUCGGUGACAACGCCAGGAUUGAGGCGGCAGCCAAGUGUCAGCCAGAGCCCAGUGCAGAGCCCAUCACACGUCGACGCGAUGGAGAUACUGAUGAGACAGAUCACCUACUUCUACCAAGUGUGCCAGUCGCACGCGAUCGACCCGGAGCUGAUCAACCAGAUCUUCAAGCAGCUGUUCUACUACAUCACGGCCGGCGCACUCAACAACCUGCUGCUGCGCAAGGACCUCUGCCACUGGAGCAAGGGCAUGCAGAUGCGCUACAACAUCAGCCACCUCGAGUGCUUCAUACGCGACAACAACCUGCAGGAUGCCGGAGCACUAGAAGCACUGCAGCCCAUCAUCCAGGCGUCUCAGCUGCUGCAGGCUCGCAAGACCGAAGCUGACGUGCAGAGCAUCUGCGAAAUGUGCACGAAACUCACCGUGCAGCAGAUCGUCAAGAUUCUGCACCUGUACUCGCCUGUGAACGAGUUUGAGGAGAGGGUGCCCGUCUCCUUCAUACGCAAGAUCCAGGAGCACCUGAAGAGUCGGCAGGACGGCGACGCCUCACAGACUCUGCUCAUGGACACUAAGUUCACCUACCCAGUGAGAUUCCCCUUCAACCCCUCGCAAGUGCAGUUAGAGCAGAUUGCCGCGCCAGACUGCCUCGGCCUCCAGUUCCUCAAGCGACUUUAGACAGCCGGUGAGAGUCUGGCGUCCGUCUACGAGCGCCGGACCGCACAGUGAGCCCGGAACUGUCUCUUCACGAGAUAUUUUUGGAGUCGAGUUGGUUCACGAGGAUUUGUUCCCACCGCUGGUCGUUACACCGCGUCCGCAGACGCUCACGAGUCUAGUGAAUUAUUUAUUCGCAUAUGAAACCUUGUAAGGAUGCGCGCAUAGUCUGUUGUGCAUAGAACCGUAGAACGUGGAAAAAUUAGGACCGGAGUUAUAGCACAUCUGAGCACAGCUGCGAUGUUUGUGCGAGGGACGUGUCGUAUUCACUGUAUCCGUCAACGCCAUGAAUUCAUCGCCGAUUGCCUCUGUUUACUAGGUACGUAGUGAAAUUAAUGUAGGCGCAAGAAUUCACUCAGAGUGCAGCUGGUUUGCGCUAAAUCGCAUACAAUACCGAGCAAGUACGAGUACAAAAUACUACAAUACAGUAUCGCGUACAGUACGAGCAGAGCAGGUUCUGUAUGUAGAAUGUGUUAGUUGUCCUAAAUGUGUGAUGCUCUUGAUGGGUUGUUGUAGUUCGUCGUUCCAACACGUGUAGAUAUCACACUAAUAGCAGCCGAAUCUAUUUCACAAGGGGAUUCACAUCGGGAAUGCAUUUCCCAGUAAAUGUCCUUGAGGUGGUCACUACAAUAUACUGAAGCAUUUAGUAAAAGUGGCGGAACGUAAUACUCAAGAGGCUUCAAAAACAGCGACAGGCAUGUAUACAGCUUGCUGAUGCUAGCCUUAUCAUAUAUGGCCUUCCUUUGCUUUGUAUCGUAUUUAUUCUUUCAUGUAAUUUAUUCUCGAUUAUUUGAGCAUGUAAGAUAUUCAUGUGAUCUAUUGCUGCAUUCCGGGCUUUUAUAAAAACGUUUUCUCCCAAAUUGAAUCAAAAUUAUUUACAUCACUUAUUAUGUAUACAAUUUCUGUACGAGUAUGAGACCUUUGUUGGACAACGUACUGAUCGACAAGUGAUACUUAUUGUACAUUCCAAAUCUAUGGGCAAAAAAUGACAUCCUCCCAGUAAGCUUAUCCAAUUAAGACCUUGCGAUCUCCCAAAAGAGAACGCUCCCUUGUAGUAAAAAUGCUAGAUCAGUACGUAGAUGGGCAGUGGUUUCUUAUUUACAACCUUUCAAAACAAAUUAUUCGAAUAUAAAAUGGAGUCGACCGUUUAUGUAUCAAUUAUGACUGGGAAAUUUUCAGUUUAAUUAGGUGAAGGUAAUGAUCUACGUACUGAUAGCGUAGGUACUGAUCAGCACCAAUUAGUGUAUUGAGGGAGAUGUUUGUUUUAUACACGAAGUAUAACUAUGGUAAGUAAGCAUAAUAAUAGAGGUCACUCAGUCUAAUACGUUAAAGAUGUCAGAUUUCAUUGAAUGAUUGGUUAAAAGAUAUAUAAUUAUAUAUAUAUAUAUAUAUGUAUAUAUUAUAUAAUUUCAUCAGUCAGUACUUAAAUAUCAUGAUAUCCAUUUUUAAUAAAUAAAAACAUUUUACCUGAAUAGAAUACGUGUAGUGCAGAAUUGUAAACCAAUGCAUAUCGAUCAUAUAUGGUUGGUAUCUUCUAUUUACAUCAGCUAGGACAGCCUAGGAUCUUUUCAUUUUUUAAAGAUCGCUAACACAUAAUGCCGUCAAUUUAUAAAGAUUUCCCGAUUGUAGUGUCACAUUGAAUCGGGGAAAAUUGGGAGACAAAAUCUGUUCCUUGUGAUGAGUAGUAAACCCAAUUAUCAGGUACCGGCCUUAGUUGGCUAGUAGUGGUGCAUAUCCAAAAAUGCAGAAAUUGUGAAAUAAUCAUUGUAAGGACAUAGACAUAUAAUCAGGUAGACAUUGUGAAACAAGUGAAGUCAGUAAUAUAUAACAAGCAAGUGACAAGUUAAGAGCGAUUGGGUUUAGUUUGUUAGCUCCAUGUACACCUAACAUAACCAAAUACCCGGCCAAACUAAAGAACCCAGAAACAGUUAUAUAAACCCAGUGCUGUGAUAGCACUAUCAGAUAAAAAAUUGUGUAAGCAGGAAUGUAGGUUUUGCCACAUUCCAGUUAUUAUUCUGGCAACCGUGGGUAUAUAAAUAGUGCUACAUUAUUUCUUUUGUGUAUCAUUCUGUGUAAAUACAUAUUAUCAUGAUGGAUAGCAGUUGAUCCUUUAAUGAUUCUCCUUAUUCGGGCAGCUAAUCGUAUACUGUCGUUAUUAUACAAUGCAGUUAUAGUAUUUAUCCUCUGAAGACAGAUAUUGAUUUGCGAUAUGUUAAAAAUAUUCUUCAAGUGGAAAAUAAAACCCAUUGUUCAAAUGAA